AUGUCGGCGAACGAGCACGUGCUGGCGCUGCUGCGCUCAGCGAACAAGCCGUUCAGCGUCCAGUCGGCGGUGGACAAUUUGCAAGCCCAGGGAAUCAAGAAAGCGAUGGCGACGAGGGCGCUGGAGGAGCUCGUCAAAGACGGCCACGUGCAGACCAAGGAGUUCGGCGCGCGGGCGUUCGCGCUCUACUGGCUGAGGCAGGACGACCUGGAGACGAUGGACGCGGAGGAGCUGCGGAAGACGCAGGCGGAGAACGAGAGCCUGCGCGCAGAGCUCGAUGACGCGUCCGCGGCGGCUCGUGCGGCGCAGGCGAGGCUCGGCGCUCUCAAGGCAGCUAGGCCGCUGGCGGAGCUCCGCGAGCAGGUCAAGGCUCUCAAAGACGAGAACGCGAAGGCGGAAGCGAAGCUCAAGGCCAUGAGGGGCGCGGCGGCGGCGGAGCGGGUCACCGCUGCUUCGCGCGACAAGGUCGUGGCCAAGCUGGCAAAGGGCGUGGCUGCGUGGCGCAAGCGCAAGCGUAUGUUUCGGAACAUCUUCGAUACGGUCAUGGAGGGGCUCGAGGGCAAGAAGGCGAAGGAUGUCCUCGAGGACGUCGGCGUGGAGACGGACGAGGCGGCCAAAGCGGACCUGAGUAAGUACGAGGAGGUUGCGCAGCGGCACCCGCCCACGGAGGCGAACGGGAGGGCCGCGGCGGGCGCGGGGGGGUUCAAGCGGAGGAAGCUCGUGGUGGCGUGA